AUGGCAGCGGAAAGCUUCAGUGCAAACCAGUUUCUUGCCUUUGGAAUGGACAUCCUUGGUGUGGAACGAUGGGAGUUUCUGAAAGAAAGUUCUGUCAUCGAUCGCUUUACCAACGCAUUUGGAGCCAAACCUAUUACUUGUGCACAAAUGUGGGCAGAUUUCAUUGCCAUGAGCGAAGUGGACAAGAAGAGCAAACCCAAACACCUAUUUAUCACCCUCCGGUUCCUUUACAAAAACGACACUGAGCUUGACUUGAUGUCUUUCUUCAAGAUCGGAAGUGACAACACUAUCCGCAAGUGGUGCUGGUGUUACGUGAAGAAAAUUCAGAAACUGCUCAAAGGGAAGAUGCUCACUUGGGAGGAGUCCGAUGAUGGUAUGAUCUUUUUCAUGACAGUUGAUGGAACACAUUGCCCAAUCGAGGAGCCAAGACCUUUCUCUAAAAUUUGGUCAAGUCAUAAGUUUGGAGGAGAUGCUGGCUUGAACUAUGAAGUUGGAUUGAGCAUCAACAAAGCAAAGCUAAUUUGGCUUCACGGUCCAACACCACCUGGUCUACACAACGAUCUUGAAGUGUCUAGAGAAGAGCUACUUCCAAAACUCCGAGCCUACAAUGAGACAAAUACAAAAGAGCUACGAAUCCUUGCUGAUGGGAUCUAUGAGGCUGAGGAAGAAAUGGAUCUUAUCAGCACGAAGAAUGAGUUUGAUCCUCAUGAUAUCGAAGAGUUCAAAGAUCGAGCCCUUUCCCGACAAGAAAAGUUCAACCUGUUUCUAAAGAAAUGGGAUGUUCUUUCUACACUCUUUCGUCAUGAUCAGGGUGACUUCUUGGUCGCCCACAGGUCUUGCUUUGAAGCUAUUACCGCCAUUUGCUGCUAUCAACUUGACAAUGGAAGCUACAGUUUGUUUGACCCCUACCCCGACCCCAGCUAG